GGAUUUAUUAUUGUUGCGUCUCCUCUGUGCGCCGAGCGUCCUGCGUCCGCGGCUCUGAUUGGCCGGCCGGGUGAGAGCUCCACAGCGCCGCGCCGCUCCGGGAUCCUCUGGCGCAGAGAGAAAGCGCAGCUUUGGCCGCCAGCGAGCACCUACUCGGGCUGGGAGGGCAGAUAAUGUGAUGUGAUCCAAUACGGGCGGCCGGCUGCAGCUACGGGGCGGACUGGCACUUAAAAGCGUCUGUCGACCUCGGCCCUGCUCACUACUGUGUGUGUCGUCGUGGGAGCGGAGGCGCAGAAGCCCGGAGGCUGACCGUAAGAGCGCUCUACCACGGCAGUGUAUUUCCUGUCAGCCAUGAUGUCAGUACAAACUCCCCCUCUCUCCCGCUCUGGGUCCUCCCCCUCUAAUGUGGGUCUGGCCAAUCGCAGUGCCCCCUCUGCGACCCCUCCCACCUCCCUCAGCCUUCGCUCAUCAUACAACCAGCUGCUUGGACGAGACAUCAUCAAGGAGUCCAUGGAGACCGGAAGUUCGGCCACCUUGCCAAAGAGCCGUCAGAGGUACGCAAUGACCAGUGUGCGGAGCGCCAUGGGCAUAAGUGACAACUUGGCUUUGUCUUCUAAAAACCAACCUGUAACCAGAGGGAGGGGUCUCCCCACCAAGUCCUCCUCCAGUUCUGCCCUCUACUCCUCCUCUUCCUCCUCCUCACUGUUUAAUACAACCAACCCCAAACUAGCCAAGAAUGGGGCUAACAUGCAGAGACGAGCUGAGAGUCAGCAGCUGGAGCUGAGCAGGGCCAAUACAGAGGGUAAAGUUCACAAUGAUGUGAUCAAUAACCCCAGUUCUGACUGGCUAGAGUCUGGAAAAGACAACUCACAGCUGCCCCCAUUCCGUAGAAGGACCAAGAGCUUCUUAGAGUACCAUGAGAAGGGCUGGGAUCCAGACCUCAGUUGGGGAAACAAAGAGGACAAGGAGGAGAAGAAGCAGCAGCCUUCCCCAGAGAAGGAGCAGGCCAGCCCUGUCAAAGAGAGGGAGAGCCAGAAGGAGGAGAAGCCCAGUAGCAAGCAAAGCUGCCAGGAAGAGAAGGAGGAAGUGGAGCCAGUGGUGGAGGAGGAGGAAGAGGAAGAUGACCCUACACCAACACCAAGACAGCCCCUGCUUCCUGUGGUGGUGGAAGCCCCUCUUUCCUGCUCCUCCUCCUCUUCCACCAAUAGCCCAGAGUGGGUCCCAGAUAACCAGAACCAGGCUCCAGCCCAGGUCCGAGAGGAGCUCUGUGCUCCGGUUCAGGCUAAUCCACGCAGUCCUGCAAAACCACCUAGGAGCUCCCAGCCCCGGGUGAUCAAGGUGGAGCUACACCCAAACAACGAGAAUCAGUUCCUGCAACAGUACCCACCUUCUUCUCCUAAACAGGCCCGGGCUGCGGAGAGGAACACGCCUACAAGGAGCCGGGCACCCCCUGCCCUGCCAGAUCCUGAACCAGAGACUGGGCUCCCUAAAGUGGGUUUAAGAAUGGAUCUGACUCCUGACACUCCAUCAGAGGAUGAAGACUCCAGCUGGACCACCCUGUCUCAGGAGACGCCCUCUCCUCAGACUCCACGGGAGACAGCAGAUGUAUGGGGUGAUGGGGACCUGCCCCCAGGCUGGCGGGAGAUAUCAGACUCAUCAGAGGUCUAUUUCUGGCACGUCCCCACCGGCACUACACAGUACCACCGACCUGUUGCCUCAGGCAACCAACACACCUCUCCCGACAUUGAGCCAGACACUGAAAAUGACCCACAACAGGAAUCGCAGGGCUCCCUCAAGCCACCCAACGAGCGCCCCAGCAGUCUGAUAUCUGACAGCUCGGUGGAGCCGGUCCCCUCCCCCUCUGGCUCCUCCCCCUCCUCCUCCUCCACCCCCUCCAAUGAUGUCACCUCGUCUGGACCAAAUCUCAACAUCUCCACCUGUGUAGCCAACGAGCUAAAGGACUAUCCAGUCUACCCCGAUCCCAGUCUUAAGGCGUUUGAGGGAGCCACCCUCCGCUAUGCUUCACUUAAACUCAACCCGCCAGCCCAGCUAGAGACAGUGGACCUCAACAAUACCUUCUCUGAUCCAGAGGCAAUGUCAUUUCCAGUGCGAUCUCUGGGCUGGGUGGAGAUGGCAGAACAGGACCUGUGUGAGGGGAGGAGCAGCGUGGCCGUCCAUCACUGUAUCAGACAGCUGUCCUACUGCAGGAGGGACAUACGAGACUCGGCCGGUGUCUGGGGAGAGGGUAAAGGGAUGCUCUUAGUGCUUCAAGACCGCAUGUUGACCCUGGUUGACCCAGACGAUCGCAGCCUGCUCCACUCUCAGCCAAUCAGUAGCAUCCGUGUCUGGGGCGUCGGCCGAGACCACGACAGAGAAAGGGACUUUGCCUACGUGGCGAGAGACAAAAACACACGGGUGCUGAAGUGCCACGUGUUCCGAUGUGAUACUCCUGCCGCAGCUAUCGCCACAAGUCUCCACGAAAUCUGCUCCAAGAUUAUGGCUGAAAGAAAAAGUGCCAAGGCUGCAGCUGGCAGCUCCUCCCAGACCGGCUCCGAUGUACCCCUACAAGAGUUUCCCAUGCCAAAGACUGAGUUGGUGCAGAAGUUUCAUGUGCUGUAUCUGGGUAUGACAUCUGUGACUCGCCCCAUAGGUAUGGACAUCAUAAAUGGGGCCAUAGACAGCCUUGUGUCCUCCACAGGCAAAGAGGACUGGACUCCUGUCAUACUGAGUAUUGCUGACACCACUCUGGCUGUCAUCAAAGAAAAGGAAGAGGAAGAGGAGGCGUUGGUGGAGUGUCGUGUCCGUUUCUUGUCCUUCAUGGGCGUGGGACGGGAUGUGCACACAUUUGCCUUCAUUAUGGACACCGGGAGCCAGCAUUUCCAGUGUCACGUGUUCUGGUGCGACCCUAACGCAGGCAGUGUGUCUGAGGCUGUGCAGGCAGCGUGUGUGCUGCGGUAUCAGAAGUGUCUGGUGGCACGGCCCCCCUCCCAACGUGCUGGCUCCUCCUCCUCGCCCUCUCCGGACUCUGUGACCCGGCGUGUGACCACCAGCGUGAAACGUGGCGUCCAGUCUCUCAUAGACACUCUGAAAACCAAGAAACAGCCGUCAGAACUCCCCCAACAAUGACCGUCACCAGUGACCACAGCACCCCCCCCCCUGCCGACGCCUGGACGCCACUCACACACUAUUGCCACAACAACACGUAAUCAGUACCAGCCAUGGUAACCUAUGAUGUACAUAUAUGUUAACAAACACCACCGCAGAUUAAGGAAAGUGGAGCAAUCAUCCUGAGGAAGAAAAAAAAUAACAAGAAAACAAAUCUGUUUGAUGAGGAGGAAUGGAAAAGCUGGUGUCACUGGGUGAACUUUGACCUUUGAACGCUGCUGUGUCCAAGUGGAAACCCGGCCUUCACUGUAUGUGGAUUUCUGGACUAGACGGAUUACCUGAUCAAGCACCUGACAGAGGAUAACCCAGAAGAAAAAGAUCAAAUUUCUAUUAAGAGACUGCUUACUCUUUCAUACUGUCCCCUUUCUGUAAAAGCAGCCAUCAGCACAGUAAGGGCUCCUGCACUGGACCCAUGAGAUGCCAAGCUACGGGAGCCUUCCUGGACAGAAAAGGUGUCAUCUUGCUGUCAUGGGAUUUUUGACAGGUGAAUGCUAAAGGCAACCAAGACCAGACAGACAAGACCUGUCAACAUGCCCCCUCCCUCCAAGCGGCAUAAAAAUGUUUUGAUCCCUUCGAUGUGUGAUAGACUUGAAACAGACAAAAACUUAACAUCUCCUUUGAGGAUGAAUGAAGUGAUUGUAAUAAUGAAGUGUAUGUAAAUGAUUGUAUGUAGGAAGAGAUAAUUUGGGGCACAAGACUGGAGAGAUGAAGACUGGAGAGAUGAGGUUUUAGUGACAGAAAAGGGAACAGACGUGGGUUUUGAUUUUGCAUGUUUUUUUGAUGGAAUAUGUUUUAUGUUGAUGAGUUGAACAAGGGUCUCGGUAAGAAGAGUGGUGAACACACAAGAAAUAGAUGCUCUCAGCACAAGUCAUCUACACUUGGCCAUGACUGGAUUUACACUGGCACAAAGAAAUCUGUCUCUAACCCACACCUGAAUAAAAGGUUCCAGAAUUACAAAACGAUUUUUACUUUCCAUUCCUUGAUGGAUGAGUAGAAAGGUAAUAAUUUUUAAUGUCUUUUGAAGCUUUAAAUUAGUUAAGAUUGUAAUUUUUUUGCAUACAUUAUAGAAAAACUGAGCGUAAAAGCUCAAGAAUGUUACAUUGCUUAAGUUCAAAUGUUACAAUUUCCUCAGGAAUCUUUAUGCAUACACCCAAGAUUUAUGUUGUAGCAAGAAAGUCCUUUGCCUUUUGCAGAUGUGAAGCACUCGUGGCUAUAUGAACAGUGGUACACAGUAGUGUUUGCUCUGCUUGGACAGCAUGGAGAAGAUACAAAUCUGUGCCAGACAGUAAGGGUUAAUUAUAUUCCUCAGUAAAUCCAGCCAGUCCCUCACUAACAAAAUACACACACAUAAAUAUGCACACCGCAGCAAAAAUGUCUGCUGUCACUGCUAUCAGAACCUUUACACUGCUCCUAUGGCUCGGGGCCACCACCUGCACUCGACAUGAACUCUGUGAAUGCAGUCCGAUCUAAAUGAAAAAGACACACACACACACACACAACAAGAGAGAUACUGUAAAUCAUUUGAGUUCUGUUCUUCACUCAUCUCUACACCAUGUAAAUGUAACCUGUUGUGACAAUAAAUGCAUUACCAAAAGAAAAAAA